AUGAUCGAGGUCGAACACCUCCGCCGACUGGGCGACCCGUUGCGGUUUCGGCAGAUGGUCUUCAACCUCGCGUCCAACGCUCUCAAGUUCACGCCCGAGGGCGGCACCAUCACCAUCUCCGUGUCCUCCAGUGCUGCGCCGCGCCAAGCCACCAAAAACAACUGCGGUGCCCUACAAUCAGAACCUGCGUGCUGCACCGGUGGCAAGGAAGAGGAUGAUGAUGAGGAGGAGAAGAGCGGGCACGACCCCACCACAGAGCGGGCCGACUGCUCCGGCAAACACUGCGCUUCGUCCGACGAGAUCACGGUGGAGGUGACCGACACGGGCAUCGGCAUUCCUGAAGAUCAUCUUCCACUGCUGUUCAAGGCAGACGCGUCGACGACGCGCAUGUUCGGCGGGUCCGGGUUGGGCCUGGCCAUCUGCAAGCGACUAUCGCGCCUCAUGGGCGGCAAGAUCGGGGUGCGAUCGAAGCGCAACGAGGGCUCCACCUUCUGGUUCUCCCUCCCCUUGCCCCACGCCAGCGAAACGGACGAGCUGCCGACAGAAGCGACGCAGUCGACGACGCCACUGACCUCCUCGGGCGAGGCCCGGGCGAGGAGCGCCGACGCUCUGCUGGGGGUGAAGGCGCUGUUGGUGGAGGACAACCCGUUCAACCAGAAGAUCGGGGUCAAGAUGCUCUCGCGCGCCGGGAGCAGUGUCACGGUGGCCUGCAACGGCGAGCAAUGCCUCCGCGUGCUCGACGAGCAGGGUCCAUUCGACGUCGUGCUCAUGGAUUGCCACAUGCCGAUCAUGGACGGGUUGGAGGCGACUCGCCGGAUCAGGGAGAAGGAGAAGCUCGACCACAAGCAACACCGAAUCCCCAUCAUCGCUCUCACGGCCUCCACGACACCCGACGACAAGGCCCAGUGCACCCAGGCGGGCAUGGACGGCUGGUUGGGCAAGCCGUUCGAUCGGGCGCUCCUGUGCGCCACCAUUCGGCGAUACGUGCCGCUUCCACCAGCCCCAGCACCCGCCGCCUCCCCGCCAGCAGGCUAG